AGUAGGAUGAGCACGAGUCUGAUGAGGCUCCAACCGUUUUUCCUGCUGUGCUUUCUGCUGUUUGGUGACUUUUGCAGAGAAAUGCAUCCUCGAUGUUGCGCGGAGAGUCUGCUCUAGCUCAACCCUCUCCGGCGCCCCUUUAAACCAUAUUCUCUACCAAACUAAUUAAUUCCCGGCCCAGCAAGUCAAGUACUUGGCCUUGCCUCUUCCUUCGAACACCCGACUUUGCCCUUUUGUGUCUCUCGGAACCCUUCUUCUCUGCCGUCUCUUUUCCAUUCAACGCAUCCGACUGCCGACCGAAAACGCCUAUAUUUUUCUACCGCAAUCUAGCACGGUAGUCUCAACAACAAAGCACAACGCUUUUUCGACCACUACCGACUUUCGCUCAACCUUGUCUCGGUCGGGCAAAGACGAAGAAUCAUACCAGGAAGUCUAUUUGAGCGAAGCAUGAGAUCGUGAGAAACACAAUGGGCUGUGGCUUGUCUCGCGAAUCCCGGGCUGCGGCCACGGACGACAAUGAAGGCGCUCGCCAUGCGAAUGCCGACCCCUCUACUGCUCGCGCCGCACCCUCGCGCACGAGUUCCUCAAACACCCCUACCGAAUUAGUCGAUCGACCCAACCAACCUUUGCGCGCCGCUCCUACAGUCAAGCACUCGCCACCACAACUCGCCCUCACACCAUGGAGCCCCUCGGAGCUUGCCAGACAGCGUGAAGCCUUUUUCGAGACCAGAGUCAGUGGAAGACCCGAGAUGUGGGCAGCUUUGAAACAGGUGUCGGAGUUGUUAAGAUCGGGAGACUUGAAGGCCGCGCAGACAAUCCUUGACGCAACCGGUGCUACCUGCCCCACAGGUAGAUUCUGUGUUGAAAGGAGAAGAGGUGGUCAGAAGAAGGGAGGUGUCUAUGACGACAAGGGUCUGCUUUAUGAAAUCCCAGGCUGGGUUGUCGCAGACCCCGAAGACCUCGUCGCGGAGCCCCAGAUUGAAGGCAAGGAAAUCAAUGAAGAGUCGGAAGACGAGAUUGAUGCCGAGAAGGGCGUUGUGUGCGAAGAGAAGAUUGGUGACUUGGUGUCGGUCAGAGCACGACUCAGCGAUCGUGGUACCGAUGUCGUUGUCGAGAUGGGCACCAACCAAAAGGUGUCGCUUCUUGUUAAGAAGGUACAGGAGAAGGCUGGCAUCGAGCAAAAGAUCAAGUUUGCCUACAUGGGUAAAAUCCUUGAAGAGCACAAGCCUCUUGGCGAGACGAACUGGAAGGAGGGACACAUCCUGAAUGCUUUGGUCUUUGGUUGAUCGAGCCGUUCAGCCUCUCUUCGCAAUUACUUUCUUUGGGUUCAAGGGCUAGGGAGGGCAUUUGGUGCAUUUUCAGCGGGCGUCAGAUUCUUGCGGGAAUGGUGGAUACACACACGGAUAUGUUGGGCUUCUUUUUCUUUUCGUUUCUUAGGUUACCUUUUCCCUUUGAUAUUUCGUUUGUACGAAUCGUGAUUUCCCAUCUACGCAAAGUAUCUGUAUCCAAAGUCCGCGACGAUAUUCUUUCCAAGCAAGAAAAACAUGCUCAGCCUGCUUUGAAAUGUCAAGUC